GAUGCAGUUGAUAUAUUAGUUGGAUGGCAUAUAGAUCAUACUCAGAAACCUUCGCUCACGCAGCAGGUCUCUGGGUGGUUGCAGAGUUUGGAGCCUUUUUGGGUAGCUGAUCUUGCAUUUUCUACCACUCUUCUUGGUCAGUUUCUAGAAGACAUGGAAGCAUAUGCUGAGGACCUCAGCCAUGUGGCCUCUGGGGAAUCAGUGGAUGAAGACGUCCCUCCUCCAUCAGUGUCAUUACCAAAGCUGGCUGCACUUCUCCGGGUGUUUAGUACUGUGGUGAGGAGCAUUGGGGAACGCUUCAGCCCAAUUCGGGGUCCUCCAAUUACUGAGGCAUAUGUAACAGAUGUUCUGUGCAGAGUAAUGAGAUGUGUGACGGCUGCAAACCAGGUGUUUUUUUCUGAGGCUGUGUUGACAGCUGCUAAUGAGUGUGUUGGUGUUUUGCUCGGCAGCUUGGAUCCUAGCAUGACUAUACAUUGUGACAUGGUCAUUACAUAUGGAUUAGACCAACUGGAGAAUUGCCAGACUUGUGGUACCGAUUAUAUCAUCUCAGUCUUGAAUUUACUCACGCUGAUUGUUGAACAAAUAAAUACAAAACUGCCAUCAUCAUUUGUAGAAAAACUGUUUAUACCAUCAUCUAAACUACUAUUCUUGCGUUAUCAUAAAGAAAAAGAGGUUGUUGCUGUAGCCCAUGCUGUUUAUCAAGCAGUGCUCAGCUUGAAGAAUAUUCCUGUUUUGGAGACUGCCUAGAAGUUAAUAUUGGGAGAAAUGACUUGUGCCCUAAACAACCUCCUACAUAGUCUGCAACUUCCUGAGGCCUGUUCUGAAAUAAAGCAUGAGGCUUUUAAGAAUCAUGUGUUCAAUGUAGACAAUGCAAAAUUUGUAGUUAUAUUUGACCUCAGUGCCCUGACUACAAUCGGAAAUGCCAAAAACUCACUAAUAGGGAUGUGGGCGCUAUCUCCAACUGUCUUUGCACUUCUGAGUAAGAAUCUGAUGAUUGUGCACAGUGACCUGGCUGUUCACUUCCCUGCCAUUCAGUAUGCUGUGCUCUACACAUUGUAUUCUCAUUGUACCAGGCAUGAUCACUUUAUCUCUAGUAGCCUCAGUUCUUCCUCUCCUUUGUUUGAUGGAGCCGUGAUUAGCACUGCGGCUACAAAGAAACAUUUCUCAAUUAUAUUAAAUCUUCUGGGAAUAUUACUUAAGAAAGAUAACCUUAACCAGGACACGAGGAAACUGUUGAUGACUUGGGCUGUGGAAGUAGCUGUUUUAAUGAAGAAGUCCGAAACAUAUGCACCUUUAUUCUCUCUUCCGUCUUUCCAUAAAUUUUGCAAAGGCCUGUUAGCCAACACUCUCGUUGAAGAUGUGAAUAUCUGUCUGCAGGCAUGCAGCAGUCUACAUGCUCUGUCCUCUUCCUUGCCAGAUGAUCUUUUACAGAGAUGUGUUGAUGUUUGCCGUGUUCAACUAGUACACAGUGGAACUCGUAUUCGACAAGCAUUUGGAAAACUGUUGAAAUCAAUUCCUUUAGAUGUUGUCCUAAGCAAUAACAAUCACACAGAAAUUCAAGAAAUUUCUUUAGCAUUAAGAAGUCACAAGAGUAAAGCACCAAGUAACACAUUCCAUCCCCAAGAUUUCUCUGAUGUUAUUAGUUUUAUUUUGUAUGGGAACUCUCAUAGAACAGGGAAGGACAAUUGGUUAGAAAGACUGUUGUAUAGCUGCCAGAGACUGGAUAAGCGUGACCAGUCAACAAUUCCACGCAAUCUCCUGAAGACAGAUGCUGUCCUUUGGCAGUGGGCCGUAUGGGAAGCUGCACAAUUCACUGUUCUUUCUAAGCUGAGAACCCCACUGGGCAGAGCUCAAGACACCUUCCAGACAAUUGAAGGUAUCAUUCGAAGUCUUGCAGCUCACACGUUAAACCCUGAUCAAGAUGUUAGUCAGUGGACAACUGCAGACAAUGAUGAAGGCCAUGGUAACAACCAGCUUAGGCUUGUUCUUCUUCUGCAGUAUCUGGAAAAUCUGGAGAAAUUAAUGUAUAAUGCAUAUGAGGGAUGUGCUAAUGCAUUAACAUCACCUCCCAAGGUCAUUAGAACUUUUUUUUAUACCAAUCGCCAAACUUGUCAGGACUGGCUAACACGGAUUCGACUCUCCAUCAUGAGGGUAGGAUUGUUGGCAGGCCAGCCUGCAGUGACAGUGAGACAUGGCUUUGACUUGCUUACAAAGAUGAAAACAACCAAUCUAUCUCAGGUAAAGUGAUGUGUUUGGAAUUCAUUUUACGUCUGUUAAUAAGAAAACAUGGUUUAAUUCCUUUGCUGUGAUUUAAUCUAUGGGUAAAAUAAGUUAAAGCUUGGAUUCAUUUUCAAAGGUUUUGAUCCUGUAUUUUGUAAAAGCAACAACUGCCAGUUACCUAUUUUAUUCAUGUUGAAACAAUGUUAGAAUGUUAAAAUAAUGUUCAUGUUUUUGUUCAUGUUAAAACAUUGUUCAUGUUAGAACACGUUAAAACUAUAUUAUGUGCAAAGUUUAGAACUUUAAAGGUAAUUCUAAAAAUAUGUUUGUGGGAGAAAUCUUUUUUUUUUUUGGAGACACAGUUUCACUCUGUCGCCCAGACUGGAGUGCAGUUGUGUGAUCUCGGCUCACUGCAACCUCCGCCUCUUGGGUUCAAGCGAUUCUCUUGCCUCAGUCCCUGGGAUUACAGGCACCUACCACCAUACCCAGCUAAGUUUUGUAUUUUUAGUACAGACAGGGUUUCACCAUAUUGGCCAGGCUGAUCUCGAACUCCUCCUGACCGCAAGUGGUCCGCACACCUCGGCCUUCCAAAGUGCUGGGAUUACA